AAUGUUUCAGGCACCAGAUGAUACACAAACGAUGUCAAUGAGACUGUCGGGGGUUCUUGCUGAAAUAGGAGUGGAUGAGAGAAUUGUAAUGAAGAGGAGAAGAGCAUUUUUACUGAUUGAAUCUAUACGUACAUCAUCAACUCUGCUACAAGAUAAUUUGAUUCCUGGUACUUUAAUAUACUAUUUAGGCAGUCAGUCAGAGGGCGCAACAACACCAGGCCUUAAGUCAGACAUAGACAUGCUUAAUUGUGAUAAUGCCUUUAAUGUUAUUCAAGACUGGAGUGAGUGGAAACCUGGUGUAAGGAAUUAUUUGAUGAUCCAGGAUGAAACUGUAUCAUCUGGUUACUGUUUACUACAACGUCUGAGAAAUGAUAUUCCUUGUCCGCACAUUUAUGCACCCGAUGUACACCACUUCAGAGACAGGUCAGGGAGAAUACUACUAAGAAAUACAAUUGUCCAUGCAAUAACAGCAGAAGCAGUUGCAUUAGGAGCUCCUGAUAUAGGAGUUAAAAAUGGUCCGGCACAUACAAUAACUGAACAGCCUGAGGGUAGGAGCAGUGACAUAGUUUCUGCUUUAUGCUGCAAAUCAUGGCCUCUACAAGCUAGAUACUGGUUAGAUCAGCAAGGUGAAGGUCAUUGGCCUUCAUAUGAUAUCAGGAGACAUUGUAGUAGUACUGGAUGUUUGCUUGUUGGAGUUGGAAUUAAGGGAAGUGAUAAUGAAGAGCUGGAAUGGAGAAUAUCAACAUCUUUAGCAGAAAGAUGCUUAAUGUUCAGUCUCAACAUCACACAGAUUCGGUGUUACGUGUUGAUGAAGAUGUUGGUAAAAACUUACAUCAAGCCAUACUACAAAGAUGCCAUUACAAGUUACAUGUGUAAAACAGUGCUAUUCCAUUCAGUUGCAAAUACCCAUUCUAAUUUCUGGAAAGAAUGUAACUUAAUUUCGUGUCUCUUAUGGGGUUUGUUAGUUCUCUACAACUAUAUUUUGAAUGAAAACUGUCCACACUUCAUUAUACCUGGUAACAAUUUGAUGGCAGGACAUAUUGCUCAUCAAUCUAAAUCUCACAUUCUUGAAAUACUGAAGUACAUAAUGAUCAAUAAAGAAGAAGCAUUAGAGGCGAUAAAGUGUGAUGACCUUGGUAUAAGACUUCUAAGGAAGUAUAUAUUUUGGUACCGAUUCAAAGGAAGUGACAGAAUUUCAGGACAAUUACUAUUAGCAAUAUCACACAGCCUUGAAUGGCAAAUUAAUGAAUGUCUUAGUUCUAUCAGAAACUGCAGUUAUGAAGUGGCUAUACAAACAUUACUGAAGUAUAUUUUCAAACUUAACAGUAUUUCCAAUCAAGGUCAAACACUGGUCCAAAAGGCUUGCACCCUUCUUGCACCAUUGUUCUAUACAACUCUGGGAUCUGUCAUGGCAUCACUCAGCAUUCAACAGUUCAGCCGUAUAUCAGCAAAAGCUCUCGACUGGAUCUCAAUGGGUUUGAACACAAAUGUUUCAUCUGGUAAACUGAAGCAAGCGUCGGUGUUCCACUGUAUCGGGGACAGCCAAAGAACAGAAAGUGUUCUCAGAGAUAUUGAGGGAAACUAUGAUCUGAACAUUGUUGAGCCUAUUUGUCAUUGCUAUGAGUUCAACAAACAAGCUCCAAGAAAAGGGUUUAUUGCAGUAUCAGACAAUCAUAAUGAAGAAGCUCUACAGUUUAUUGCAGCAUUCUGUGUCCGAUUUCUACCAUGUGAAAUUAACUGUGUUCCACAUGAACUAAGAUAUGAAAUGUUCAAAUCUACAAAAGAUGAAAUUUCUUUCAGAGGCCCACUUGACGAAUGGAUGGAUCUGGCAGUGGUAGAUUCACUCCCGUACUUGUACUUCCUACAAUACAAGACCUACAGCUAUCUUGGAAGCCAAGACGAUAAGAAAAGAGCACUUUCCAAUCUUAUCAAUUUUAUUUACCAGGAACCAAACCUUGGGCACAGGGAAACAGCCUUAAAUCUACUUGGACAAUGUAUGGAAGAAGAAGACCGUGCAUAUGAUGCUUUACGCUAUUAUUCAUUAUCUCUGAAGCUGAGAAAAAGAAACAAUGCUGCCAAGAUCCACAUAUGUAGGCUUCUAUCUAAACUGGUAAAUGACCCAGCUCAAAACCAAUCUUUCCAGUAAAGCUUCUUCGCAGGGUAAGUAUGGAGAUGUAGAUAAUCAAGGACUGAUUUUGGAGAUUUAGUCCAUCAAGAAUUAAUGUUUCGGACGAAGUCCAUCAUGGAUUGAUUUUGGAGACGAAGUCCAUCAAGGACUGAUUUUGGAAAAAUGUCCAUCUAGGAUUGAUUUGGGAGACGAAGUCCAUCAAGGACUGAUUUUGGAGAACAUGUCCAUCUAGGAUUGAUUUUGGAGAUGAAGUCCAUCAAGGAUUGAUUUUGACGAUGAAGUCCAUCAAAGAUUAAUUUGGAGAUGUAGAAGUGGACAGGAAAUCCAUAAACAACUGGUUUUGAAUCGAAGUCCAUCAUGAAUUGAUUUUGGAGACAUUUGAAGUGCAGAAAGAACGGAUUUUGAAGAUAAAGUCCAUCAAGGUCAAUCCUUGGAGAUGAAGUCUAACACAGAGUGAUUUUGGGGAUGAUGUCUAUCAAGGAGUGAAUUUAGGGAUGAUAUCCAUAAAGAAUUCAUUUCGGAUGGUGUUGGAAAUAUAGUCCAUCAAGGAGUGAUUUUGACGAUAAAGUUCAUCACGGAGUGUUUUGACGAUGAAGUGAUUUUGAAGAUGUAAACAAUCAAGGAGUGACUUUGGAGAUGAUGUUCAUCAAGAAAUAAUAUUGGAGAUGAUGUCUAGCAAGGAGUAAUUGUGGAGAAGUCCAGACAAAAGGUGAAUGUAUAAACUAAAGCUUUGAUCACUUUUGAAUAAAUUUGCUGAAGU